AUGUCGACUUUUGACUUAACUCAGCGCAUGGCGCCUUUUCUCGAUAUGCAUUUGAUCAUUCCAUUGCUGGAGUUCAUCGAGCCAAGAGGCAUAUACGAUGAGAAAUCCUUGACCGAAAUGCAUCGUCAGCUUUUGAGCAAGACGAAUAUGAUUGAUAGUGUCAUCGAGACUUAUAAUGGAAAACCAAUUCCAGCUGCUAUUGAGGCCAAGAAGAAGCAAAUCAUAAAGGAGAGAGAUGAGCUGAAGAGCAAGGUCGAUUCUGUUGUGGCCAUAUUGGAAAUUCCGGAAGUUAAGGAGAUGAUGGAUAAUAACAGAGAACGAGACGGAAAUGUCCGCAUUUUGGAGCAUCUCACUCAAAACCACAACUUCACCGUGGAUAUGGUCGAUACUCUCUUCAAGUACAGCAAAUUCAUGUACGAGUGUGGAAACUACACCGUCGCUUCCGUCUGUCUUUAUUACUAUCGCAAUCUUGUCAAUCAAGCCGAUCCAAACUACUUAAAUGCUCUCUAUGGAAAAUUGGCCAGCGAAAUUUUGCUGCAAGAGUGGGAGCACGCUCGUGACGAUCUUCUCAAGCUUCGUGCUUAUAUUGAUGCCAAUCCGUUCGAUACCGAAUGGGAACUCGUUACUCAACGUGCCUGGCUCAUGCAUUGGGCUCUCUUCGUUUACUACAAUUACCCGAAAGGACGUGAUGAGAUCAUUGAAAUGUUCCUCAAUCAACAACCUUAUCUCAAUGCUAUCCAAGUUCUUGCCCCACAUUUGCUCCGUUAUUUGGCCGUAGCUGUUGUUACCAGCAAAAGCCGUCAGAAGAACAGCUUGAAAGACUUGGUGAAGGUCAUAGACAUCGAGAGACACAGCUACAAAGACCCAGUCACUGAUUUCCUCACGUGCCUUUACAUCAAGUAUGAUUUCGACGAGGCCCAAGAAAUGCUUCAGAAGUGCGAGGAAGUCCUCUCCAAUGAUUUCUUCCUCACUGCUGUCCUCGGAGAUUUCCGCGAGUCCGCUCGUCUUCUGAUUUUCGAGAUGUUCUGUCGCAUCCAUCAAUGCAUUACCAUCGAGAUGCUCGCCCGCCGAUUGAACAUGAGCCAGGAAGAAGCCGAACGCUGGAUUGUUGAUCUGAUCAGAACAUAUCGUAUUGAAGGAGCCAAGAUUGAUAGCAAGUUGGGGCAAGUUGUCAUGGGUGUGAAAUCGGUCAGUAUUCACGAGCAAGUAAUGGAGAACACGAAACGAUUGACUCUUCGCGCACAACAAAUCGCUCUUCAAUUGGAAAAGGGCCGUCAAGAUAAAGUGAAGGCAAAUUAG